AGGCGAUUGAUUUGAUCAAGAUCUAGCCGUCUGAAUCGGAUAUCAUUUCCUUUUCCCGGCGCUUUUCGGCUUUUUCUUAGAGUUCCUUUCUUUUCCUUCAUUUCCAUUCCUAUUCUUAUCCCCUCUCCAUCUUCUCGACUUCACCCUUCUUCUCUUAUCUUCUCUUCACUGUCACUGUCACUCUCAUUCUCCAUGGCCUCCUCCUCUGCUGCUAAUUCUUCUGCUUUAUGCGAGAAACAGAUCGUUUCAGCUUCGUCUUUUGAUGCUGCUGUUGAUGACUCUUUCGAAGACGCUUGCAGUAUCUGUCUCGAGCCUUUCUCCGCUGCCGACCCUGCCACUGUUACUAGCUGCAAACAUGAAUAUCACCUUCAGUGUAUCCUGGAAUGGUCCCAAAGAAGCAAAGAGUGUCCAGUCUGUUGGCAACUAUUUGUCCUGAAAGACCCAGCCAGCCAAGAGCUUCUAGCUGCUGUUGAUAGUGAAAGGUGCUCCAAGUCAAGGAACAUAGCUCAUCAGGAAUUUGAUUUUGGAAUGGAUCCCACUUACAUGGAUUAUGUUGAAAUUGAAGAGCAUGCUAUGCAUCGUCUAGCUACUGCACGUUAUUUUCAGAGAAGAGAGAUGCAAAGAGCUUCUGGACUUGAUCGUUCACAACUUCUUGUUUUUACUUCUGGCGCAAAUGUGCCUGGAAUGCUGUCAUACAACACAAGUUCACAAGAUUCUAGUCUCUCAUCAUCUGGGGGGGAUUCACCUACUUCUGGCAUACAAUCAGCUGCCAGUAUUCCUCCUUCCUCAUCUCUCCCUGUUACUGCUGAAACCAGAGAUGGCCCUUUUAGACCCAGAGUUCUCUUUAGGCAGCCACAACCUGAUAGUCCAAGGAUAUCAAACCCAACUGAGAUACCCACAUUAUCAGAUUCUAUCAAAUCUAAAUGGUCUGCUGCCUCAUCCAGAUAUAAGGAAUCAAUCUCCAAAAGUACCAGAGGUCUAAAGGAGAGGUUGCUUGCUUGUAAUAACUUCAGGGAGUUGAGCAAAGAAGUGCAACGUGAGAUGAGUGCAGGAAUUGCUGGUGUUGCAAAAAUGAUUGAGCGCCUAGAUCUUGCCUCAAAACGAACUGGAACUUCUGUCCCUACUCCUGGUUGCACAGUGGGGACAUCCAGUGACAUAUUCAAAGGAAAGGGUGUGCAAGAGCGUACUAUUAACAAGAAAAGUGGGGAAGUUUCACCUGAUAUAAGUUCAGAUGCACCCCCUUAUAUUUCUGGUACCAACCCAGGUCAAUUGGAAACAUUGCAAGCACAGAGAGGACUUUGACAUUUUGAAGUUUGAGACUGGCCGCAAAUUUUUAUAUUUUCUCGAUUAUGCAAGCGACGAACAGAUCAGUAACCAAAUGCUCUUUGGUAGGCGUCCUGCAUUAAUACCUUAUACCAAGUCAAAAAAUUUGGUCGGCCGGUGAAAACCAUAUCAUAGUUUAUAGAUAUUUCUGCUUCCUUCCAUUAGCUUUUAUUUGUUUGCACCUUCAUUUGAUCGAGAAACUGAUCUUAUCGAAUUGCUUUUGCCAUGGUCACUGGUGCUAAUAAUCUGUCAAAUUAACGAUAAUAUUAAGUGUGUCUGUGGCCUAAUUCAGUGUUAUAAAUGUGUUGUGUCUUUCUUAUUA